GAUAAGGAGAGAGAAACAGAGCACACGCUUGAAGCAGGGGGAGGUGAAGAAAGUAAAGGAGAAAAAAACAGGCUGAGAAAGCGAAGAAAAGGAGAGAGAAAGAAAGGAAACGGAGCAGCGGACCGACCAGCGUCGGUGUGUCCUCCAGGUGGUGUGGGUGUGAGUGAAACAUUGGGCAGACGCCAGGGCAGAGUGGCAGCCACAGUGUCCCUGAGGGGCCUGGUCGGGGAGAACAAGGACAGAGAGGCAGGAGGAGGACACACAGGAAAAGUAUAUGGACUCAGACAGAGCGAUAGAGAGUGAGAGCUGAGCUAGUGAAAUAUCAGAAGCCCUCCCCUGAGAGUGGCCCUGUUCAGAUAGCUGAUAGCUGAGAGAGAGGCUGUGGGUUACAGCUGCACUGACGCCCUUCAGUGACAGAAUAAACAAAAACAAACCUACACAGGAAGAAACAAGCUGCUGAGAAACAGGGAACAAAGUGGUGUGGAGGUGAACAAAGGACGUGAGCAAAUGCAGCAGUACUCCAGGGCUUCAGGAUCAAAGCUCGACGACUUCAACUGAACAUGGACUCUGAGGACUGGGACCAGGAAUAAAACUAUAGGAUUAGGGUCUGUUAUCAAGGGCUUUCUGACUGGCAGGAUUUUGUGCUGGUGUGUGCAGGAGAACUCUCUUUGUCUGGGAUGUGAGCUCUGCUACUGAACCGUGGAACAAGGCGGGGGGCCUGGGGUGUGGGGGUGGGGGCGUAGGAGGGAGAGUGACUGACAGACCGAUUGGGAGCUUGAAGUGUUGGCAGUAGCAGACAACGUUUGAUAGACAGAGAAGAGGGAAAGAGAGAGAGAGAGAGAAGAAGAGAGAGAGAGAGAGAAGAAGAGGGAGAGAGAGAGAGAGAGAGAGAGAGAGAGAGAGAAGAGGGAGAGAGAGAGAGAGAAGAAGAAGAGGGAGAGAGAAGAAGAGAGAGAGAGAGAGAGAGAGAGAGAGAGAGAGAGAGAGAGAGAGAGAGAGAAGAAGAGGGAGAGAGGGAUGGUGGUUUCUUCCGUCAGUCCUCUCCGUCGUGCCCAGAGCUUCCAGAGAUGAGUCAGAGGAAGCUGACACGACAGAUGAAUCUGUGGGAGACCCCCGAGGGGUUGACCACGCCCAGCCUGACCCCCACCUCUCCCUACGUCACCUCCGCUAACUCACCUGUGUCCCCUGAUCACGACCACACUCGGGGACACGGGAAUUCCGUGUUUUUCCGCCGUAUGAAGCUCAACCGCAGUAUAGAGCGCAGACUGUCGUCUCAGUCUCACCUUCCUCUCAGUUUUGACUCAGAGAAUGGUCCUUCACCCGGCCGCAGCCCCAUGGAUUCGCAGGCGAGUCCUGUGCUGGGGCUGCACCCCUCCUUUACCACAGAGGGGUGCAGGAGUCGCGGGGAGCGCAGGGAGUCCUUCCUGUACCGAUCAGACUCCGACUAUGACAUGUCCCCCAAGAACAUGUCACGCAACUCCUCCAUCAACAGUGAGGGGCAUGCAGAAGAUCUCAUAGUCACCCCUUUUGCUCAGGUGUUGGCCAGUCUACGAACUGUAAGAAGCAACUUCACCAUCCUCGCCAAUGUCACGACACCCACUAACAAGAGGUCACCAGUGACAAGCCAACCCACUGUUCCCCAGGCAACACUCUCUGAUGAGACGUACCAGCAGAUGGCAAGGGAGACUCUGGCUGAGUUAGACUGGUGUCUGGACCAGCUGGAGACCAUCCAGACCCACCGCAGUGUCGGUGACAUGGCCUCCAACAAGUUUAAGAGGAUGUUGAACCGGGAGCUAUCUCACCUGUCAGAGAUGAGUCGUUCAGGGAACCAGGUGUCUGAAUACAUCUCCACUACCUUCCUGGAUAAACAGAAUGAGGUAGAGAUCCCGUCUCCGACCCUGCGGGAGCGGGACCGGGACAAGCCCAUGUGUCAUAUCAGUGGAGUGAAGAAGCUGACACACAGCUCCAGCCUGUCCAUCAACACCACCAUGCCACGCUUCGGAGUCAAGACGGAACAGGAGGACGCACUGGCCAGGGAGCUGGAUGACUUGAAUAAGUGGGGCCUUAAUAUCUUUCGUCUGGCUGAGUUCUCCAAUAAUAGGCCUCUCAGCUGCAUCAUGUUCGCCAUCUUCCAGGAGAGGGAUCUGUUGAAGACGUUUCGAAUCCCUGUCGACACCUUCGUGACCUACGUUAUGACCCUGGAGGACCACUACCAUGCCAACGUGGCCUACCACAACAGCCUCCACGCCGCUGACGUCACACAGUCCACCCACGUCCUGCUGUCCACACCGGCUCUGGACGCUGUGUUCACUGAUCUGGAGAUCCUGGCUGCGUUAUUCGCUGCUGCCAUCCAUGAUGUGGAUCAUCCUGGCGUGUCCAACCAGUUCCUCAUCAACACCAACUCGGAGCUGGCUCUGAUGUACAACGAUGAGUCAGUCCUGGAGAACCACCACCUGGCCGUGGGCUUCAAGCUGCUCCACGAGGACAACUGUGACAUCUUCCAGAACCUCAGCAAGAGGCAGAGACAGAGCCUGCGCAAGCUCGUUAUCGAUAUGGUGUUGGCGACGGAUAUGUCCAAGCACAUGAGUUUGCUGGCUGAUCUGAAGACCAUGGUGGAGACGAAGAAGGUGACCAGUUCAGGAGUGCUCUUGCUCGACCACUACACUGACCGCAUCCAGGUGCUGAGGAACAUGGUGCACUGUGCGGACCUAAGUAACCCCACCAAGCCCCUGGUCGUGUACAGAGAGUGGACUGAGCGCAUCAUGGAGGAGUUCUUUAGACAGGGGGACAAGGAGAGGGAGAGAGGCAUGGAGAUCAGCCCCAUGUGUGACAAACACACUGCUUCUGUGGAGAAGAGUCAGGUGGGCUUCAUCGACUACAUCGUGCACCCUCUGUGGGAGACGUGGGGGGACCUGGUGCACCCUGACGCCCAGGACAUCCUUGACACUCUUGAGGACAACAGGGACUGGUACCAGAGCACCAUCCCCCAGAGCCCCAUCUCCCCACCCCCAAUCCCCCUCGGCCCAGACAAGAGGCUCAACGCCUGCAUCGACAAGUUCCAGUUCAAGCUCACCUUGGAUGACGACACCGAGGGAGGACAGGAGGAGGAAGAAGAGGAGGAGGAGGAGGAGGAGGAGGAGGAGGGGAAAACCACCCCUAAUCACAUGGUGCUGGACUGCAGUCAGGGAGAGGAGGAAGACAAGAAAGAAGAGGAGGAAGGAGAGGACGUGUUAAAUGAUGAAAGGGAAGGAGACAUCAUCAAGGAGGAAGGGGAAGUAGGGAUGGAGGAGGAGGUAGAGGAGGAGGAGGAGGAGGAGGAGAAGAGGGGAGUUCUCCAGAAAGCUCAGUCAGGGGUGGAGAUACACUCUGACACAAGCCCCGUGGAGGACUGCGAGGAGGAAGACUCCUCCUCACCAGCUGAUGACACAUGAGUUGCGCUCCUCUCUCCCUGGCCACACCCCACAUGCACACACCACGCCCCUGUUGUCCACCCUUUAUUUCCAAUGGCCAAAACCCAAGAUCAAAUAAGACUACAUAGACCUUAGACAAUAGACCUUUAAAUCUAUUUUUCAAAAAGGGAACACAAGUAAUAUUGCUUAAAGAAAAGCUAUUUACACAGCAACUGUAGAUUUGGAGUUGGAGCUGGAGGUGUUUCUUCCAGCUGAUGCUAUGAGGAACAGCUAUGAGGACAAAGAGGAACAUAGAGAAGCAUUAAUAAUGGGCCAUUGAAGACAGUGUAGCACUGGAACUGAAACACACACACAUAAACAUGCACAAACUCACCUCCACACACAAACACACCUCACUCACACACUUUGAUUUAUGGAGAAAAAAAAACUCUGAAGUCUACACACGAGAAUGUGUGUGUUUGUGUGUGUGUUUGACUCUGAUUGGUAACGAAUCUCUUUGGAAAAAGCCAUCUCUAUAUGGAGUAUUAACUAGCGUCAGUCAGUAUUACUAGUUCAUGUUUGUUAGAAUUCAACAAGAACUCUGUUUUUUUCUGAGUGACUUAUUUUCCAUUUCUGUCGGAAAGAAGACUACAGAUAUCUAUCUAUAGAGGAGGAGAGACGCGAGAAAAGAAGAGAGGAUUACGUUUAAUAAAGAAAGGAAGACGCUGUGAUGAGGGGACCUGAGGGUCCCGCCUCCAUUUUCCCAUUUUCCCUUUAUGAAGAAGCGCUACCGGUGCAAGAUGGCUGUGUGCCUUUCUGGAAACACCAGCUCCUGAAACAUGAGGCUGUCGUGAAGCAAUGCAUCGUGGGACAGGAGUGUCUGCUUUUGUCUUCAUUUUUGACUGUCUCUUGUUCAAAGAUCUAUUGUAACUGUUCAUGAUUUAGUGUGUGUGUGUGCGUGUGCGUGCGUGCACGCAUGUGCGCGUGUGUGUGCGCGUGUGUGCACGUGUGUGCGCGUGUGUGAGUGUGCGUGUGUCACAUGCUCAGUCUGUUUCUGUGGUGACAGGUUUUCAGCUGUAAGUCUUCCUUUGUUGCUUUUCAAGUUGAUGAGACGUUUCAGAACUCGUAGAUAAGGAGAAGUCACUAUCACUACACCACCACACCUGCUGUUUGUGGACUCCAGUUUUUACAUACAAAAAUUAUUUUUCUUUUUUACUUUCUGAGGAUAAGCCAUGAGAUACUUUAGAGUAUAUGUUCUGCCUGUUUUCUAUUUAUUCUUGUUUUUUGCUAAAUAUGUUUGAAGGAUUAGGAUAAUAUCAUCAGCAGCACAAAUUCACAUUCUGUCUCUUACCCAGUCACACUGUAUUUAUUCACCAGUCUCUUCUCACUUACUGCAUCAGUUGUCACCAAAGCAACAGAUUGGAAUCUGAUGAGGAGAGAGAUGCUUUGACGGGGCAGACUGAGAGGAUUUUGUCAGGGUGAUUUCAGGAUUGGAGGGAAUCGAAAGAACGAGCUUGGCCAGAAAGGAGGCUGUUCAGACAGUCACACACAGCCAUUCUUGUUACGUUUUAAGCUUUUCUGCCUUAAUGUCAAAUGCAGGAUACAUACCUGCCUCUAUGUAGAUUUAUAAGAUAAAUUCAAAAUAUCCUAGUAUAUUUAUACCAUGUCUGUAUGCCUCUAUCUGUGAGUGUCUGUGUGUCUAUACACAAUGUACCCAGCAUCAGCAUAUGGACAGGAACAUUUUAUGGCCAAUAUUAAGAAUGUGUUGUGUCAGUUACGAGGGCCCAAUAAAUAGGCCAAUUUAGCUCCAGGGAAUGCAGGUCAAAUGACUGGUAAACAUAUAGCUGUUGCAGACCGGAUGUCGAGUAAGUAUAUUUUCUCACAAUACUUUUUCUGGUUGAAAAUAACGUCUGUCUUGGGCUGAGUAAAUGUCUGAUGUUAUGUUGAGAAAGAGACAGACAGACAGACAGACAGACAGACAGACAGACAGACAGACAGACAGACAGACAGACAGACAGACAGACAGACAGACAGACAGACAGGCAGACAGACAGACAGACAGACAGACAGACAGACAGAACGAGUGAGAGAGAGAGAGAGAGAGAGAGAGAGAGAGAGACCUUUCUCUUGUUAUGUGUUGUGUGUCAUCACUCACUAGAAUCACCAUCCUAGCUGUAUGAGGUCAUGGUCACAGGAUUGAUCAGCACACAGCUUGAAUAGGUCUCAGUUUGACUUGGAGUUGUUCACAGGGUAAAAAAACAACAACAUAAGUAUAGCUGGUUUCUGCUGGUCGGUAACGUAGCUCAGCCUGUGCCUGAUGGAACAGAGGCCUGAGAUCCAUCCAGUUCAGCUCUGUGAUUGGCUGGAGCAGCAUUGCGGUGUCACCGCACAGGCCUUUAAUUGUUGGAAUAUGGGAAUCCAACGUUACUGUCUCAGUACCUGGAGUAGGAGAUUCCCAUGAAGCUUCCCCCUGUCUUUGAAGAUAUAUGGCUUUGUUUAUCUGGCUUUUUGUUUUGUCAUGAGCUAUAAAAACAAAUAAAUAUUUGAUUGCCAUUUUAACACAAUACUGUAGCGAUCAUUUCUUAUUAAGAAAUUAUUCUGUUGAUGAAUUACUGACAUUCUUUUUAAAUAUUGAAAAGAAAACCAUGGAAAAUACCACAAGUGUUUUCUUUGAACAGUUUGUGUACAGUUUUUAUUUUUGUAUCAUUCUGGUGGAUGGUCUAGAAACGCAACUAUAAUGACAUAUUGAUAAUAUAUUGAUAAUAACUAUUAGCAUUAUCACAGCUUGUUUUGUAUAUUUUGUAAUGUUGGAUUGUAAAUUACAAAUUUAUUCAGGUCAUUAUCAUUGAUAAUUAACCACGUUUAGUUAUAAGAAAAUAACUAAAUCGGUAAAACACUACUGGCCACACCAUCACGCUUUCCUUCUCUUUUCUGUCCUCAUCUUUCCUCUGUCUUUCUCUUUUGUGCUAUCAUUUUUCUCACACAGAGAAGUGUGUACAUUUCAUUAUUAGAUUAAUUAGAUAGAUUGGAUGAAUCAGGAUUAGAUUAAUCAUCAGAAAAAUGAAAAUGUUUUGUACCCAAACUUUAUCUUAAGGGAGGUUGUAGGGUAGACAAUGUGGUUAAAGUAGUAUGUGGGUACAGUAUGUGUUUUUUUUAGGAUUUGGUAGUUAUGUCUCUCACUGGUUCCGUUGGACCUGGUUUCAAGCCUUCGUUUUUUCUAUUGUGCUAUUCCAUAUUGCUCAAGUCAUAAUCAAUGAAAACUAUUCAUUAUCAAUAUGCCAUGUAGGAGUGAUUGUGAGUAAUUGACAGAUGUGUAUGGGUGAAGCGAGAGGUAAAAAAACAAGAGGGUUCUGAGAGAGACAUUGCGUAGCCAUUUUGAAAUGAGCACCUCCACUUCUUGGUCACUUUUGUCAUAUUAGACUCCCUCUGAGAACAAUUAUCUGGGCUUUAAAUCAUGUGUUACUUGUUCACAAGUUAGGAAAAUUAUAUAAAUGGAAAAAACACCAUGAAAUGAUUGUAAUAUUUGUAAAUUAUAUUGCUGUAAUGUGUAAAAUGUGUCCAAGUUAUUUUUUAUUAUAUUAUUUUUAUGAAAGGUUUUCUUCUGAGAGAACUGAGGUGUUAUUUUGUGAAUAAAAUGCAUUUAAUAAGCAAACAGCUAUAUAAUACAAUUAUAUAUCAGUAUAUUUUUAUUUUAUUUCACUGUUCGGUACUGUAAAGUGUGUUAAAAUGACAAAUAAAGGAAGAUUUUUUAAAUAAUAUAA